ACUAGUCACCGAGAGAGAACAAAAGAUCAAAUUUGUUUCAUAUAUCAGAGUUUUCCCAAAGCUUGAUGAGAAGAAGAAACACAAAUCAAGAAAGCCCAAUUAUGUCUUAUUACGCCUCUUUCUUCUUCCUUUUCCUUUUCUCCUUUCUCACUAGUUUCAGAGUUUCUGCUCAAGAUACCACUUACGUAUAUCACAGCUGUCCAAAUACGACAACUUACACAAGGAAUAGCCUUUUCAACACCAAUCUCAGAACCCUUUUGGCUUCUCUUUCUUCCCGCAACGCUUCCUACUCCACCGGAUUCCAAAGCGCCACCGUCGGGCAAGCUCCAGACAGAGUCACCGGAUUUUUUGAUUGCGGUGGAGAUCUCUCGACGGAAGUUUGCCGUAGCUGCGUCGUCUUUGCCGUCAACGACACCUUAGCUCGGUGUCCGAACCAGAAAGAAGCCACACUCUAUUACGAUCAGUGUACAUUCAGAUACUCUAACCGGAAUAUCCACUCAACUUCUAUUACCAAUGGAGGAAUUAUCUUGGCUAACAGACAGAAUAUUACAUCUAACGAACGAGACCGGUUCAGAGAUUUGGUUUUGUCCACGAUGAACCAAGCCACCGUCGCAGCUGCGAACAGUUCCAAAAGAUUUGAUGCGAGAAGAGCCAAUUUUACGACGUUGCAGAGUUUGUACGCACUGGUUCAGUGCACUCGUGAUCUUACAAGACAAGACUGCUCGCUUUGUCUGCAACAGAUCAACAAUCAAUUACCCACUUACAGUAUUGGGGGACAAAUUCAUGUACCGAGCUGUAGGUCAAUAUUCGAGCUUUUCAAGUUCUAUAACGAAUCCGACGUUAUACCACCACCACCACCGCCAGUUUCUACUCCUCCGGUGUCAGCUCCUCCGCGAACUGGGAAAGGUGGGAAUUCAACUGUGUUAGUGGUAGCCGUUGUUGUGCCUAUUAUAUUGGCUAUUCUGCUUUUUAUAGCUGGUUAUUGUUUCCUUGCAAGAAGGGCAAGGAAGAGUUAUGGCAUACCAUCUGCAUUUGAUGGAGAUGAUAUCACAGCAGCAGACUCAUUGCAGCUGGAUUAUAGAACAAUUCAAACUGCAACAGAUGAUUUUGCUGUGAGUAAUAAGAUUGGUCAAGGUGGAUUUGGUGAGGUUUACAAGGGUGUGUUAUCGGAUGGGACUGAAGUUGCGGUGAAGAGACUAUCAAAGUCAUCAGGACAAGGUGAAGUAGAGUUCAAGAACGAGGCUUGGGGGCUUUGGAGUAACGGGACACCAUUGGAACUCGUGGAUCCAGCUAUUGCAGAUAAUUGCCAAAGGAGUGAAGUUGUUCGAUGUGUCCAUAUCGGUCUUUUAUGUGUUCAAGAAGAUCCUGCUGAGCGUCCGACAUUGUCAACCGUUGUUCUGAUGCUCAAUAGUAACACUGUGACUUUACCCGUGCCACGGCAACCCGGUCUUUUCUUUCAGAGUAGAAUUGGAAAAGACCCGCUUGAUACAGAUACAACAAGCAAAUCUGUUCUAGGCUUCAAAGUUUCUGCUCAAGAUCAAGAUCACACUUUCCUAUACCAAAUCUGUCCGAACACGACAACGUAUUCAAGAAACAGCACUUACUUAACCAAUCUCAGAACCGUUUUGGCUUCUCUCUCUUCUAGUAACGCUUCAUACUCCACCAGUUUCCAAAACGCCACCGCAGGGCAAGCUCCCGACAGAGUCACCGGGCUUUUCCUCUGCCGUGGAGACUUAUCGCCGGAAGUUUGUCGUCGCUGCGUCACCUUUGCUGUCAACGACACCUUAAGUCGGUGUUCGAAUGAGAAAGAGGUGACAAUCUACUACGAUCAGUGUAUGCUCAGAUACUCUAACGGGAAUAUACUCUCGACCCUAAGCACCGGUGGAGGAGUGUUUAUGUGGAACCCCCAGAAUGUUACAUCUAACCAACUAGACCAAUUCAGAGAUUUGGUCGGGACCACGAUGAACCAAGCCGCCGCGGAAGCUGCUAGCAAUUCCAGAAAAUUUGAUGCCAGAAAAGCCAACUUCACUGCGUUGCAGAAAUUGUACGGACUGGUUCAGUGCACUCCUGAUCUGACGAGACAAGACUGUUUGAGUUGUCUUCAACAGAGCAUCAAUCAAUUGCCCACUGAUAAAAUUGGGGGUAGAUAUAUGAUGCAGAGCUGUAGUUCAAGAUUCGAGCUUUACGCGUUUUACAACGAAUCCGCCAUUACUACACCUUCACCACCACCUCCACCGCCGGUUUCUACUCCUCCGGUGUCUGCUCCUCCUCGACCUGGGAAAGGUGGGAAUUCAACUGUGUUAGUGAUAGCCAUUGUUGUGCCUAUUAUAGUGGCUGUUCUGCUUUUCAUAGCUGGUUAUUGUUUCAUUGCAAAAAGGGCAAAGAAGACUUAUGACACAACAUCUGCAUUUGAUGAUGAUUUUGCAGAGAGUAAUAAGAUUGGUCAAGGUGGAUUUGGUGAGGUUUACAAGGGUACUUUAUCGGAUGGGACUGAAGUUGCGGUGAAGAGACUAUCAAAGUCAUCAGGACAAGACGGAGAAGAAAGGGUAUUAGUCUACGAGUAUGUACCCAACAAAAGUCUGGAUUACUUCCUCUUUGACCCUGCAAAGCAGAGUCAGUUGGAUUGGACUCGGCGAUACAAGAUUAUCGAUUUUGGAAUGGCUAGGAUCUUUGGAUUGGACCAAACCCAAGAGAACACAAGCAGAAUAGUUGGUACCUAUGGUUACAUGUCUCCCGAGUAUGCAAUGCAUGGUCAGUACUCAAUGAAAUCUGAUGUCUAUAGCUUCGGAGUGUUAGUUCUUGAGAUUAUAAGUGGCAAGAAGAAUAGCAGCUUCUACCAAACAGACGGUGCACAUGACUUGGUCUCAUAUGCUUGGGGGCUUUGGAGUAACGGAAGACCAUUAGAACUCGUGGAUCCAGCUAUUGUAGAUAAUUGCCAAAGGAGUGAAGUUGUUCGAUGUGUCCAUAUCGGUCUUUUAUGUGUUCAAGAAGAUCCUGCUGAGCGUCCAACGUUGUCAACCAUUGUUCUGAUGCUCACUAGUAACACUAUGAGUUUACCCGUGCCACGGCAACCAGGUCUCUUCUUUCAGAGUAGAAUUGAAAAAGACCCGCUUGAUACAGAUACAACGAGUAAAUCUCUUCUAGGGUCGGUUGACGAUGCAUCCAUUACAGAUGUAUAUGAUGAGGAACCACAUCACUUUUUAGGAACUAAAAGAGGAAAAGACUUGCUUGUAGACUGGUCAGACUCUGGUCCCUCGGAUACCAGUUCCAGUUGCCUGCUUCGUGGGAAAAAUCCCGGUAGGCGAGGCACAGGUAGAGUGAUUGUGUUGCUAGUGAGCAUUAAGAUGAUUGUUGAUAGCAUUGGACGGUCUUCUGGAUUUUCUUGAACACAUAAGAGCGCGAUAUGGAUGCAUCUAGUUACUUCAUUACUCUGAUAAUUCCUUCCAAAAGUUGGAUCCACCAGCUCUAAUGGUGACUUGUUCAUCCAAAGCCUUGAAGCCUAAUACAGUGAACAAUUAAGA